UAUUUAACUGUUUCUUUUGACUAACCCUUUCUUUUUCCAUUUGUUUGUUUAUCGCACAGGCAUCAAUGCUGUUGUCCACAGUAGUUAAACCAACGGAAAUAUUAAACAUUUACAUUUAACUCGGUAUGUCUAUAUCUUUGUAGCACGACUAGCUACUAGCACAGCCUCGGGAGAGUUGCGAAGCGGACCAGCCUGACUGUAAGACUGUAAGAUGACUGAGUAUAAGUUGGUCGUGGUGGGAGCAGGUGGCGUGGGGAAGAGCGCGCUGACAAUUCAGCUUAUUCAGAACCAUUUUGUGGAUGAAUAUGAUCCAACCAUUGAGGAUUCCUACAGAAAGCAGGUGGUGAUUGACGGUGAGACCUGUCUGUUGGACAUCCUGGACACGGCAGGACAAGAGGAGUACAGUGCAAUGAGGGACCAGUAUAUGAGAACGGGCGAGGGCUUCCUUUGUGUCUUUGCCAUUAACAACAGCAAGUCUUUCGCAGAUGUACACUUGUACAGAGAGCAGAUCAAACGGGUAAAGGACUCGGAUGACGUCCCCAUGGUUCUAGUGGGUAAUAAAUGUGACUUGGCCAGGACUGUGGACACAAAGCAGGCACAGGAACUAGCAAGAAGCUACGGUAUUGAAUUUGUGGAGACUUCAGCAAAGACCAGACAGGGAGUGGAAGAUGCCUUUUAUACCCUCGUUCGUGAGAUUCGGCAUUAUCGCAUGAAGAAGCUGAAUAGCAGAGAAGACAGGAAACAGGGCUGUUUGGGAGUCUCAUGUGCGGUUAUGUGAAUAAAACGGGUCAAAUAUUUCAUCAGCAGCUCAUUAGCUGGGCAGUCGAGUGCCUUCUUGACCGCUCGGGACCGGACAUUUCUGAGGCGCGGUUUUGUCCUGUUCUCAACCGUAUACCUGAGAUUGGUCCCUGUGUGGUAGUUUCUGCUACGAGGCCCCCUUCUGGCCAGUAUGGUUAAAUGCAGAACUGCUCUGUUUUGUUUUGUUUUGUUUUGUUUUCUGGAUUUGUCUGAUGGUCUGCAGUGAUGGAGUAUUUUAACUGUGUGGAACGUCUGGAUCCUU